AGGAGUACCAUAAGAAGAAGGCUGUGAAUCACUUGAGAGAAAACCUGCACUACAUGCUGAAGGGACGAUUUAUUGCUAACAAAGCCACCACAGAACAAGUCCUUGCACAGAACAGAGGCAGGAUGUCCAAAGAUCAGCCUCCAAAGAAGGCAGCAAAGAAGAAACCUGAGGGCACAGUCUUCACGGAGGAGGAUUUCCGUAAAUUUGAAAGAGAAUAUUUUGGGAGACCAUGA